AUCGCCCCUUUAAGAGCGGCGCCCGCGGGCGACGGGGAGGCGGCGGGCGGGGGCGCGCGCGGCGGGAGGAGGGGGCGCGCGCUUCCCGGAACAGCCCGCGCUGAGGGAAGAGAGGAAGAAAAUAAAACCCGCGGCCGGAGCCAAAGCUGGAGCUGCCGCCGCCGCCGUCUCGGCCGUCUGGAGCUCCCCCGCGCGGACGAUGCCCGCGAUGCCCGCGCGGGGCUCGGGGCGGUGAGGCCCGGGGCGCGGGGUAGCUAUGGCGACCGGGAGCGCGGCCCGCGGCGCCGCCUGACAGGUGUGGGGCCCCGGCGGCGGCGGCGGCGGCACGGAGCAGUAUGUACGCCAAGGGGGGCAAGGGCUCGGCCGUGCCCUCCGACAGCCAGGCACGAGAGAAGUUGGCGCUGUACGUGUAUGAGUACCUGCUGCACGUUGGUGCCCAGAAGUCAGCCCAGACCUUUCUGUCCGAGAUCCGAUGGGAGAAGAACAUUACGCUGGGGGAGCCCCCGGGCUUCCUGCAUUCCUGGUGGUGCGUGUUCUGGGACUUGUACUGUGCAGCGCCCGACCGCAGAGAGGCGUGCGAGCACUCGAGUGAAGCCAAGGCCUUCCAGGACUACAGCGCUGCAGCGGCCCCCAGCCCGGUGAUGGGGAGCAUGGCUCCCAAUGAUGCAAUGGCAUCAGGCCCCAUGGCACCCGGCUUCUUCCAGCCCUUCAUGUCACCGCGGUUCCCAGGGGGCCCCCGGCCCACCCUGCGGAUGCCGAGUCAGCCUCCCGUGGGCCUACCCGGCUCCCAGCCCCUCCUCCCUGGUGCCAUGGACCCCUCCCCACGUGCUCAGGGGCAUUCGAGCAUGGGCCCGAUGCAGAGGGUGACGCCUCCACGGGGCAUGACCAGCGUUGGGCCCCAGAGCUACGGAAGUGGCAUGCGGCCCCCACCCAACUCUCUUGCUGGCCCGGGUUUGCCCACCAUGAACAUGGGACCCGGAGUGCGUGGCCCAUGGGCCAGCCCCAGUGGCAACUCGAUCCCCUAUUCCUCCUCCUCCCCUGGCAGCUACACGGUGAGUGAUGCCGAAGCUGGGACACCCGACCUGGGGGCAGGGGUUGUGGGGUGGCAGUUGGAGGGCUUUUCUCACCUUCUGUGUCUCUGUGUGCAGGGACCCCCAGGAGGAGGUGGGCCCCCUGGAACACCCAUCAUGCCCAGUCCUGGAGACUCCACCAACUCCAGUGAGAACAUGUACACCAUCAUGAACCCCAUCGGGCCAGGCGCCGGCAGGACUAAUUUCCCGCUUGGCCCUGGUCCGGAGGCCCCCAUGGCCGCCAUGAGUGCGAUGGAACCUCACCAUGUAAACGGAUCCCUGGGCUCGGGCGAUCUGGACGGGUUGCCGAAGAGCUCCCCCGGCGCCGUGGCCGGCCUGAGCAACACCCCGGGCACCCCGCGGGACGACGGCGAGAUGGCGGCCGCCGGGACCUUCCUGCACCCGUUCCCGAGCGAAAGCGUAAGCGACUGCGUCGACUCCCCCCCCGCGGCGGCGUCGGGCCGGAGGGGCCUGGCGGGCAGACCCCGGCGGGGCGGCCGGGGGGCCAGAGCAAGACCGUGACCGCGGCGGGCCAGGUGGGGGGGCGGCCGCGGCAUCCUUCCCUUCCUCCCGCCUUCCCCCUCCCGAGGCCCGCCCUAUCGCCCCGCUCCGCCCACAUCCCACCCCAACCCUGGGACCCGCGGCCCAGGGCGGCCUCCUCACGCAUCGCCACCUGGUCCCUUUCCAUCCCACGUCCACACUGCCCUGUCCCCCCUUCCCCUCGGGGGCGGGUCCCAGCCUAGGCCGGAACUGAGCCGGCCCCCGCGCGCCACCCCCUCGUCUUUCCGCAGUACUCCCCCGGGAUGACCAUGAGCGUGUGAUGGGGCCGCAGCCCCUUGCCCACUGCCGACCUCGGUUUCUGCCCAGCGCCCCUGCCCGGGGCCAAGGUCCAGGGGCUCGGGUGGUCUGCAGGGUGAGGGUCUGAGGUCACACCGCGGGCAACUGGACUCCCGGUCAAGGCUUGGAUGGCUGGGGAGCCCCGCGCAAAGGACUCAUUCAUUUUAUAAAAAAACACAAGGACCUCAGAGACGUUCUUUCCUGUAUGGGCCCUUCCCGCCAUUUCUGUUUUGUCCAGGGGGCUCCUUGGGGGACUUCCUUUCCCCUGGAGAGCAGGGGUGGGCCCCAUCAAUAAACAUAACUCGAUUUUGGUUUUUGGCAUCUG